AUGGAAGAGGAGCUGAGCAAAAGCCAAGAGCUGCAGGACACAGCCGCAUUAACCCUGAAGUUUGAGUUCGACCCCAAGCUGGGUAUUGACAACCCUGCCCUCUCCCUGACUGAAGACUUGGACCCUUUGGAUGACAGGCGCCUGCCCCAACCCCGCUUCUGCCUGCUGAGCAAAGACGAGCAGGGAUCCUUCGGUUUCCACCUACAGCGACACCUUGGUCGGGCUCAGCCUGUGGUGAGCAAAGUGAACCCCGGCACCUCUGCCCAGCGCCAAGGUCUUCAGGAAGGAGACUUAAUUCUGGGGGUGAACCACAAAAUGAUGGAACAAGAAGACUAUGCAGUGGUGGUUCGCCACAUUCGGGCCAGUGGCCCACGGGUGCUCCUGAUGGUGGUGGCCCAGCACAUGUACGAUGUGGCCCGGGAGCGUCAGGGGGACAAGGCGCCCCUCUAUCCUGCACUUGACCCAGGGGUCCGGCCCCGGUUGUGCCAUAUCGUGAAAGAUGAAGGUGGCUUUGGCUUCAGCAUCACAGCGGGAAAUGGAGGCGCUUUCUGGUUGAUUCUGAGUUCUGGAGGAGCAGCUGAACGGGCAGGGGUCCCCCCAGGGGCCCGACUGCUGGAACUGAACGGGGUGAGCGUGGAGAAGUUGACUCAGAGACAAAUUAACAAGAAGCUCCGGAGGAGUGAACAACAGGUGACCCUGCUGGUGGCAGGCCCCGAGGUGGAAAAACAGUGUCGCCAGCUGGGAGUGCCCUUGGCUGCCCCACUGGCAGAGGGCUGGACACUGCCCGUUUCGCCCCGAUGCCUGCACCUGGAGAAGGGACCUCAGGGCUUCGGGUUCCUGCUCAAAGAGGAGAAGGGACAUGAUGGUGUCCUCAGGCAGUUUCUGAGGGACGUGGACCCAGGCCAGCCGGCCCAGAAGGCAGGGAUGCAGGAUGGAGAUCGGCUGGUGGCAGUUGCCGGGGACAGCGUGGAAGGACUGAGCCAUGAGGAGACAGUGUCCCGGAUCCUGGCACAGGGAUCCCACUUGUCCCUCACUGUGGUGGACCAGGAGACUGACCGUUUCUUCAGCAUGGUUCGCCUGUCCCCUCUCCUUUUCAUGGAACCCAUGCAGCCAUCUGCCUCUCCGGGCGAAGAGUCACUGGUUGAGACAGAGGCCCUGACCAAGAGAAAUGCCCAGAUGCCGAGGACGACCCGCCAAUGUAUCUUGCAUCCAGGGCCUGGCGGUGGCUAUGGACUCUGGCUCUCCUGUGUCACCAGCGAGCCACGCCUCUUCAUCUCCCAGGUGACCCCGGGAGGGGUAGCAGCACAAGCAGGCCUUCAGGAGGGGGACGUUGUUCUGGAAGUGAACGGGUGUGCUGUUACUGACAACAACGACAUGGAGAUUCUGGACCUGCUUCUUGAGGCCAAGCCUCCACUUGCCCUGAAGCUGGCAGCUGGGCCAGGCCAGGAUUCAAAGAUCUGUGUGGCCCCGGAGGCUGAGGAAUGGACCUUCUUCUCAGGGCUGGUGAUGAAAUAGCCCUGCCUCACUCAGCAGACCUCUUCAAAUCUUGCCUGGCUCCCCUCUCCAGCCUGGAGUACUCUAAGGGUGGUGGUAGUGUUGCUUCAAGCCAGACUCUAGACUUGGGGGCCAGCGGGGUAGCACAGCGGGUAGGGCAUUUGCCUUGCCCUUGUGCACUGCUGACCGAGGACGGACACAGGUUUGAUCCUUGCAUCCCAUAUGGUCCCCUGAGCCAGGAGUGAUUUCUGAGUGCAAAAUCAGAAGGAAUCCCUGAGCGCCACUGGGUGUGGCCCAAAACAGAACAAAACAAAACAGAAUCUAGACUUGGACCCUGCUCCUCUUCAAACACAGGAUCCUGUCCCGGAACUCCUGCUUCUCAGGGGUGAACCUCCAGAACUAGGAGCAUGAGAGAUUUGCUAUGGAACACUCCCCCCACCCCAAUAAGCCAGAGGAAGGAGGAAGUCACAUGGAGGCUUUGGGAGCUGUGCCACACAGAGAAAGUUCUGGCUUCGAGAAAAGAAGGUCGGUCACGUUGGGGGUUCCCAGCCUGGAGCUCCUCAACCCCUGGAAUUUCCUGAGCUGCCAGCCCAGGAAACAUCCUUUGUCAUUCAAACAAGCUUCCUCCGUCCACAGGGGAUUAGUGAAUGAGUGACUUUUGGACAACACUGAGGAAUGGGA